AUGGCAGAAAAGCCUCUCUUUCCUCUGAAGUCGUUUUGCUCGGUUCCCGGCAUCGCCCAUGCUUGUGCUGCCGGGGAAUCGUUGCCCCUAAACGCAUACAACACAGCCCUUGCAAACUACAUCAAUGACAAAUCUGGAGGUCAUACAGGUCGUCACAACCAGCAGCAGCACAUUGAAGAUGUGAGAGCUCUAAUAUCCCAGGCAUGGAACGUCAGCGUCCGAGAAGUUGGGUUUGCGCCGAGCGUUGCUGAAGGCGUUUCGAUUAUUCUCGACUCGUUGGAUUGGAAAGCUGGGGACAAUGUUUGUGUUCACGAGAACGAAUUCCCUAAAAUGCGCUAUUACAGUGACCAAAAUCCCCAAGACGUGGUGAACAGCAAAACCCGCGUAAAUGCGGUCAGCUACGUGUCAUACUAUGACGGGAGACGAGUUGAUCUUUCAAUUUAUCGACAAAUUGCGGAUUCAGUGGGCGCUAUCCUCCUGGUGGAUUUCACCCAAGCUGCCGGAUACAGCCCAAUCGAUGCCAAUAUUGCCGACUUCGCAUUUUGUGCCUGCUUCAAAUUCUUACUUGGCACGAGCGGGGCUGCAAUUGCCUUCUGGAACCAGAAAAGACAGCCGAAAUGGCGGCCGACCACAGCAGGAGGGUACUCUUUUGCUCUCGGGGAGGCUCGCCCAGAUUGGGAAACGAACUCGUUAGCGAUUCGUGACAAUGCUAUGUGUUUUAGUUCUGGGAACCCUGCUCAUCUCGCUAUCUAUAUAUUGCGUGAAGCCUUACAAUUCCUCAAACAAUGGGACCCUAUCGACGUUGAACGGCAUGCUCAAACUUUGACUACAAUGCUGCUCAAACAGCUACAAGAAGAAAGCAUUCCGUCCUCCACGCCAGCUGAGAAAGUACAGCACGGUGCCAGCGUCACCAUCAACGGUGUAGGUGCUUCUGAGAUUGUGGAUGAGAUGAAGAGCGUUGGUGUGUACGCGUGGGAUGGUCUUGGGAGGGCAAAUGAAAAUACGUUUUCGGAUGUUAAUAGAGUCACUAUUUUUCCUAACGACUAUGGAAAUCACUUAUCCAAAUUCGCCCCCGAUAAGUUCGAACUCAAUCAUUUCAAGAACCCGUUUCGCCCUGACCCUGCGGUAGAACGACCUGUACCGCAGGAAUAUAUAUAUACUGAGCCGUGGCAGGGGGAGGACCCAGAGGUUGACAACUGGGAUCCCCCAGUGGAACCCCCUGGUCACGACCAGCUGCCCAUCAAGGACCACGCAACCGGCUUUAUCAUCAAGCCAGUGGAGCACGCCAAAUACCUAGAAAUCUGGCUCGAUAGGACCCUUUCGUUCGACACUCACAGGGCUAAGGCCCUUGCUAAGGCAAACGGGACUUUGGAAGCCCUCCGCAGCAUCUCAGGCUCGACCUGGGGGACCUCCCUGCUGAGCAUGCGUCGCAUCUACCUGGCAGUGACGGUCAGCUACAAGAAGCUCCAGAAGACGGUCAAUGAAUUCCAGAGGAUUCAAACCCGCGCAGCUGUUCUUAUCAGUGGCGCGUUUCGUAAAACGGCCUCAGCCGCACUGGGGGUAGAGCUUUACCUCUCCCCUAUGCAAAUACAGAUGCAACAAACCGUUCAGGAGGCGGCCGUUCGGAUCCAAACCGGGCCGGCUAUAGCCUGCCCCCGGGGGCUGCGCUGGGAAAGGUCGAAAGAGGCAUUCAAGGCCUCCGGAUACUCUCCGAUGGAGGCGCUGAAGUGGAAGAAAACAGGCCCGCUAUAUAUGUACGGCGGCAGGCAGGAGGAGUGGGAGACCAGACGGGCUCACGUGUUAGCCCCGUGGGAGUUGCCCCUGAGGUGCAUCACUGAGGGGGCAGAGGAGGCAGUACAGACCCACGAUAGAAUCUGCCGCGAGGACCGGCAGAUCUGGUAUACAGAUGGAAGCGGUUAUCAGGGGAUGAUCGGAGCCGCCGCGGUCUUUAUUCGAGCAGGCAGGAACGCCAGGAAGUACCUAGGAACGGAACUGAACUCUACAGUCUACGUGGGGGAGUUAGAAUGGACCCGAAUGGCCCUGGAUCGGGCGAAGCCUACCCCAAUCACGGUCUUCUCAGAUAGCCAGGCAUCUAUUCAAGCCGUGCGCAACCCUGACCGGCCAUCGGGCCAGUACGCACUGUGGGCUAUCUACGGGAGGAUUAGGGCCCUGCGGAGCGAGGGCCUGGAGGAUGCUGAACUGCGUUAG